UAUCUGAAAUUUUCAUUCAUUCAUCUCUUUCUUCACUCCCUUUUCUUUUUUUCAUUUCGAUUUUCGAUCAAAGCGUUGGUUCCCAUGUCGCUGUAGGAGGAAGCCACCAACCAGUUAAUGAGCACCGUAUGAUCUUCGUUCUUAUGAGCUGUUGCGUUGGUUGAGCCUCUGAUUGAGGGCAGGAAGAUUUGUUUAAGGGUUUUCAUUUUUUGUUGGGUUUUAAAAACUAUUUUGGGAGAAAAAAAGGGUGGUGAUGGGCCAUGACUAAUCCACAUUGCAACAACCACUUUUAUUCUCUCAGGGAUUGCCUUCAUCUUUACUACUACGACUUCAGAAAGCUGGACCAGUUGUCUACUUCCUUCUCUUUCAAAAUUGGAGUGCCUAUGCUUAUGCAUUAGACCAGGUUUAGAACGGUUUCUUCAUUGGUUCCCUCUCUACCCUUUUCUCGGUAUAUCUAUUCUUCACCUGCAUUUCUUUCCGUUUACUAUUACCCCCGUUUCUGUGUUGCUGUUUUGAGACAUGGGAUUUUGAAAUUGGUUGUAUAGUGAGCAUGGGUUCUGGAGACUGGUUUAAGACUGUAAUUCGCUUAAGGAAAGUAAAAACCAGCAGUUCAAAACAUGCUAAGGAGAAAUCACAUGCUUUGAAAUCGAAUAAUCUGGAAAAGGAUUCCUCGAAGGUUAAAAAGAGUGGUACCAAUGGGAGCAACAAGUCUCUUGGGAUGCCAAUUGAAGAUGUAGCUGCAGUUCGGAUUCAGACUGCAUAUCGAGCUUAUCGUGCCAGGAAAAUUUUACGUCGCUUGAAAGGAGCUGUGAGACUGCAGAAUCUGACUCAAGGCCACUCUGUUAGAAGGCAUGCUACAUCUACAAUAAGUUAUCUUCAUUCAUGGAGCAAUAUACAGGCUCAAAUUAGGGCUCGUCGAAUCUGUAUGGUGACUGAAGGACGCCUCAAACAAAAGAGAUUGGAGAAUCAACGAAAACUUGAGACUAAACUUCAUGAUAUUGAGGUAGAGUGGUGUGGCGGUGCAGACACCAUGGAGGAGAUUCUUUCAAGGGUACACGAGAGAGAAGAAGCAGCUGUUAAGCGUGAACGUGCUAUGGCAUAUGCAUUCUCACAUCAGUGGAGAGCAAACUCCAGUGAGAUGUAUGGACUGGGUAAAGAUGAACUUGGUAAAGCUGAUUGGGGUUGGAGCUGGAAAGAACGAUGGAUUGCUGCUCGUCCAUGGGAGAGCCGCGUACCAUCUAAGUUAGUUACUCCAAAGAAAUCGACAAUGAGACAAUCAAGCAAAGCCAGUAAGAAAAGCUCUCCAUCCCCAAAAGCAAGAGUUUUGGUUAAACCUCCUUCCCCGAAUGGAAAAUCAACUCCAAAGGCUCGAAGGUUGUCGUAUCCAGCAACCGAAAAAACCGAGAAACUGGCUACAGAAGAAAAGGGCAUCAAGAAAAGCGUUAAAGAUGAUGAAGCAAACACUAAGAAAGAAGAAACAACGUCCUAAUCGAUGCCAUUUAUAGAAUGCAAAAGGUGUUCAUAUUUUCAUGGAAGAAAGUGAAUAAAGAUGUAGAAGCCAUUUGUUUUCUGUAUGUCAUUUGAUGAUGUUCAUUGAUGGAGUGGUGUGAGGUAAUGUAUUAUUGGCAUGCAGACUGACCCCAUGUCAUUAUUUUCUUACAUUUUCUUUCCUGUUUCUUGUUAUGUAUAUUUGAAAGAAAAAGAAAACAGUGAGUAUUACAUAAGUUAUAAUGUAUAUGAACAGUGUUCAUGAUUUUGAAAUUA